GCGUAAUUAUCUAAUAUGUGGAGUAACGUCACUGAUAAUGAAAUAAUGAUAAGCUGCAUUCUCCUAUUUGUUAUUGAGAAGUGAGAACUAUAUUUAUCCACACCGAGUGUGUACGAGGCACUUACACCUCUCGCGUUUUAUUUGAUGAAAUAAGGUGCUGAAACACAAAACCUAUACAUUCAUGUCUUCUGGAACUAAACAACAUCCAGGAGUUAUCCUAGUAACUGGAGGUGGUGGCUAUGUAGGAUCUCAUACAGUUGUUGAAUUACUGAAUGCUAAUUAUGCAGUGGUGGCAAUUGAUAAUUUGUCGAAUUGCCAAGUUUCCAAUGGAAAACCGGAGUCCCUUAACAGAGUGGAAAAACUUACUGGGAAAAAAGUGGUAUUUUACGAAGUGGAUAUUAGGAAUAAAGAUGAGCUAGACAGAAUUUUCAAGAUGCACAAAAUUUCCAACGUAAUACAUUUCGCAGCUUUGAAAUCUGUUGGUGAAUCCACUCAGAUACCUUUGUCUUACUAUGAGAAUAACGUAGGAGGCUCAAACAAUUUAUUCCAGGUGAUGCAUGAUAAUGGUGUGAAAUCAUUGGUUUACUCAUCCUCUGCAACAGUUUAUGGAAUACCUUUGGCUUUGCCUUUAACUGAGACUCAUCCUACUGGCCAAGGAUGCACAAAUCCUUAUGGAAAAACCAAAUACUUUGUUGAAGAAAUUGGAAAGGACUUAUGUUCUGCUUAUCCGGAUUGGAAAGUAGUUUCAUUGAGGUACUUCAAUCCUGUUGGUGCACACCCAUCUGGAAUUAUUGGAGAGGAUCCUUCUGGAAUUCCUAACAACUUAAUGCCAUAUAUAUCUCAGGUUGCUAUUGGAAGAAGAGAUUUUCUCAGAGUUUUUGGUUCAGAUUACGAUACAAAAGAUGGAACAGGUGUACGAGAUUACAUUCACAUCACAGAUUUGGCCAUAGGACACUUGAAAGCUCUGGAAAAAAUAUCCAGUCCAUCCUUCAAGGGAUUUCAAGCCUUCAAUUUGGGAACUGGUCGAGGCUACUCUGUUUUGGAAGUUCUAAAAGCUUUUGAAAAAGCAUCUGGCAGAAAAGUUGCUUACAAAUUAGUAGAUAGAAGACCAGGGGAUAUAGCAACUUGUUAUUCUGAUGCUAACCUAGCGAAGACUGAAUUGAAUUGGGUUGCUGAGAAGGAUAUCGAUGAGAUGUGUAGAGAUACAUGGAACUGGCAGAAUAAUAAUCCUAAUGGUUUCAGCUGAGGAAAAAAAUAUAUGUAUAUAGUAUCUCGGAAUAAAUAGUUUUAAAGCUUA